GCUCCAUCUUGGUGGUGGCGGCUCAGAGGUGCCAUGGCUCGUAUCUCACACACUGACCUCCUUUCUUUGCCAGUCCCCGACAUGCAGCUGUUGGUCUGCGUGCAGAAGCUCAACAUCCUCGUGGUGACCAGCCAGCAGACCGUCACCCAGAUCAAGGCUCAAGUGGCCUCCCCGGAGGGCAUCGUCCCGGUGGACAAGGUCGUGCUGCUUGUGGAUACUCCGUUGGAGGAUGAUGCCGUCCUGACCCAGUGCGUGGUGCAGGCCCUGAGCACGCUGGAGGUGGCCGGAUGCAUGCUGGGGUGGGGGUUGGGGGUAAAAGUCCACGGAUCCUUGGCUUGCGCAGAGAAAGUGCGAGGUCAGACUCGGAAGGUGGCCAAGCGGCCCCUGCAGUACAACCGGCGCUUCGUCAACGUGAUGCCCACCUUUGGCAAGAAGAAGGGGCCUAACGCCAACUCGUAG